CGCGAUGUGCUCGGUGGAGCAGCAAACACCGCGACAGCAGCGGGGGCCCAACGAGUCGGACCCUGACGACUCCGCCGACGGGUGUCUCUCGGAGCCGCGGCCACUCGUGUGCCCUGCGAGUCGCACCGGAGCAGGCGGUAGCGGCCCCUGCCAGCCGGUUGUCCCUCUGGAUGAGCCGGCGGCGUCGGUUCCGAGGAGGAGUUCGACGUCGGCGGGCGAGUGCAGCCCGGCCGGCGGGACGGAGGCCGAGGCGCCGGGCGAAGAGGCCUCAGAGCGAGGCCCUCGACCUUUGAACUCGGCUCCUCGAGAACACGUCAACCCACAAGAAAUCGGCGGGGGCAAAGAGACGACGGCCAGCGCAUCGCGACUCGCGUCGGACCGGGGAGAUGGCCUUGACAAUCCGGCCGGGCCCUGCGGCCUCGCGGGCCGUGAGCGCCGACUGCCGCCAGCGGUGCCGACACUCGCGCCGGACCCUCCGCCGGUUCGAUACGAACCCAGGCGGGCGACCGAGGCCACGGCCGCCCGGCGAGCCGGCGAGCGCAGGAAGCUCAGCCAGCACUCGAAGUCGUCGCGACCCCCCCGGAGCAGCGCCAAUGAUGACUGCUGCGUGCGGAGCGUGCUGGCGUGCCUCUACUGCGAGUUUGCGUCCCUGUGCUGGAUGCUGCUGUCCUGCAUCUGCUGCUGCCGCCACUGCUGCUCCUGCGCGGAGGAGAGCGGCGCGGGCGAUGCCGAACGCUGUCUCGGCGGCGACUGCUGCUCGGGCGCCGAGCUGGGCGGCCGCUGCUGCUGCUGCGGCUGCUGCUGCGUCUACUGCUGCUGCUGCUGCGGCCCCGAGGUUGGGGAGGACGUGCCCCCGUGCGGGCUGUGCGGAGACGUUGACGGCGGGAUGCUGCAGGGAUGCUGCGAGUCGUCGGACUGCGUGGAGAUCUGCUUUGAGUGCUGUGGAUUUUGCCUCUUGUCCUGA